AUGCAUUUGACUAUAUUAUGUGUAUUAUUUCUGGCACCCUGUGUUUUGGCUGAUGGUUGGGAGGAUUUUACUAAUAAUCUUGCCACGGACCUGGCCCCUUUAAUUACUCUCUUCGGCGAACGUCUCACUAAACAAUUUCUUUCCGAGUCGAUAAGCCUCCUAGACAACAUAAUCUUUGCGCUAUCACCGCUGGGCGUAUUGACGGCCGUCGUCUCCGUGAUUCGAGUAUGCGGUGGUUCCUCCCUUCGUGCUUUCAUCGGCAGAGCGCAAGAAGGUCCCGCUGAAGCCGAGAGUGAACUCUUAUCAUGUGUGUCGGAAUCUACAGCCGAACUUUUCAAUGAAGGGGGCAUAUCGCGGGUCUUUGGUAGACCUAAGAUUGUGGAAAUUGUAAUGUGGGAAGAGGAAAAUUCGCAAGAUGGGGAGAAAAGUAUAGAGAUUGGAACUCUACGCGAUGCUCUCAAGAAACGCGCUUGGUCUGCUCAAGGUUCAGGCCUUUCGGAUGAGGAUUGGUCUGAUCCAACUUAUCUGCCUGAAUUCGAUAUUCCCAAUCUGUCUUUGAAUAAGGGAAUCAAGAGACGUGACCAGUUUUGGUUCCAUUGCGCUGCUAUACUAGGUGCUUUGCUGCAACUUGGUGUGCUGAGCUAUGCUGCCCUCACCGUAUUCUUGUUCCCCGGAUCCUUCAAAAAGGAUGGAAAAGCUGUUCCAAGCUAUGCAUUUCCAUUUUAUAUUGUUGGCACUACAUUCCUGUUCAUGGGAAUGCUAUGUUGUGCAAUCAUCAUUGAGCGCUCUUCAGAAGAGUAUCACUUCAAGCCUAACAAACCUAGCAACAUAUUCUGGCUACAGCCCGGAAAGCAAAACGUCGGCGACCAAGUCUUCAAUGCAUUCAUGGCAGUCAAAGAGGGAUCAAAGUCAACCAUGACGAUGGAAAUGGAGUAUAUCAAGUCGGUGCGGGUUCGAAAAUAUGAUGGGAGGCAUUUAGAGAUCUAUAUGACGCUUCUAUCCACCCUACUUGGCUUUGUUUUUCAGUUCAUUGGGCUUAGAGGAUUACACGCCUCGGUUAUUCUUGCCCAGCUGGGGUCAACCUUCGUCAUGUCUAUUUUGCGCACAUGUCUUCGGACUGAGCGAAUGCCGCAGGACGAAAACAAAAUGAGAGAUGAGCGAGAGCUCGCAUCACACAAGCAACAGGAGUUGGAUUGCUUUGCCUUUCAUCUUAAGGAUGUUGAGUCCUUUGAAGUCGUUGCCCCGUCAUCAACAGAGACAUCCUCGACGGAUUCAUCUAACGGAGCCUAUCAACCACAUCCGCCUUUGGUCGAUCAACUUAUACAAACAAGAGCUCAGUUGGCAGAGUUGACAGCUAGUUCAAGUCACGGCUUGGUGGUGGAAUGGGACAAUAUGCCGAUUCGAAAAGUAGCCCAGAACCUCGCCCUUGUGAUCGAAUCGAGCAUGGAUCUUAUGUCUAGCUGGGGCGUUGAUUUUGGAAAGUCCUUCAAAUUUCAGCUUUAUAUCGAAUGCCGACCCUCGAUUGCAGCAUACAAUCUACCUAUUCGAAGCAGCUAUUCAAUAUGCCCCGAAAGGUGCGGCGAUGCACUCAGGUGGAGAGUUGACAAAAAUGAGCUAGAGGCCGUUCUUGGUCUUUGGGUUUGGUCUUUAUACAAAUCUGACGAAUCCUGGCGUCGGCCACUCAAUCGCAUGGUUGGGCUGACUAGAGAAGAGGCAGGCAAGGAAGAGACGUACCUCCUCUUUCACAAAUGGAUCUUCAGGCAGACUGAGGCAAAACUGGUUUCUUCCAAUAUGAUCGAUUCAUCGCGACGUCUUUUUGGUUUUGACAGCAAAGAAUAUCCUCACGGCAAAGACACACUCAUAGUCAGAACCGAGAAUGGGAUUGAAACCAUGAUCGCACAGGAUAUCUACAUCCAAUUUCUUCAAGUCGCCUUUGGGUGCAUGAUUGAUCUUGGCGGAGAGACAUCUCUCGACACUGGAUUUCAAAACACGUUGUUUGCUCAUAACAGUCACUUGGAUAAGCUUGUCCAAUGCUUUGAAGACUGCCAUAUGGGCUCCCGUGAAGACGCCCUACUGUGCUUAGUUCCAGCUUUGAAAGCUCAACUGCUUUUGCCUGAAUUUUCAGCUGACUCGCCCACCUUUAAAAGACAAAUAGACAGUCUAAUUUCGAGAAAUGACUGGAAAGGAGCCCUCAGUCAAGGGCAGUGGAUCUGUGAAAGGUGUGAAGGAACUGAGUUUGAGCGAUCAGUCUACGAGCUUGGCUAUCUCUGCCGCCGAGCUUUACUUGCCAAUGACAAGACAGCCCACCAAGAAGGGUUCUCAUCCAUCUGCAAGAUUCUCAAAUCAGAUAUCAAGUCCGAGUUUCUUUGCGCACAAAGGAUAUCGCCGCCUUCAAGCUGGUCAAGAUCACCCGAAUUUCAACAAUGGUGGCUCUCAUUUUCGAACCAGAUGGGAUGGGUUGCGUGGCAGAUCACCACGAAUGUAUUCGGGCUGCGGUCGAUGCAACCAUAUUUGAAGCAAUACAAGGCUACCAAAGACUUGGAAAUGCCUGAAGACGUAGCCAUGAACCCGGAACAAAGCCAAGUUGGCAUCCGAGUUAUGCAGGAAUGGCUGAUGUCCAGUCAUCUUGAUUUCGAGCGUGAUUUCUACGGCAAUGACGACGAGGAAUGCUUUGAAUGGGCCCUCAAAGGAAAGCAGUAUGGUCUUCUUUACUUCCUUUUGGUUAGGUGGGCAGAGCUUGGCGCUGAGAACCCCAUGCUCAUUCGUCAUGCGUAUAUCAUUACGGCCAAGCAUCGCUCUUACUGGGGAAUUCAAGUACUCCGAAGACAAGGUGCAGAUAUUGAUGUUCUCACUCAAAGCAAGAUGUCAGCAUUGGUUGAGAUCAUAGCCACUGGUGAUCUUGAAGCUGCGAAGACACUUCUUGACAACGGUGCAAAUCCCAAUGGCAGCGAGCAUGCGCCAAACCGUAGGCCUUUACUUCUAGCGGCUCAUGCGGGCCUCACAGAGAUGGUUGAUCUACUCUUGGAUUACGGUGCUGCGCUCGAGAUUUUGGAUCAUGUCGGGCUCCCUGCUCUUCAUUGGGCUAGUAAGGAAAACCACCUUGAAACAGCUCGCUUACUCUUGUCCCGUGGUGCGGAGGUAGACAGAUUUGGAUCGGAUGAAAAGUCUGCUCUUCAUUUGGCAGUGAUAUCAGACCAGCUCCCUAUUGCAGAGCUGCUUCUUGAAAACGGGGCAGAUGUCAACAUGCCAGAGGGAACCUCGGGACAAACCCCGUUGAUACUGGCAGCGAGAUCUUCCUUUGUUGAGACUGCCCAUUUAUUGCUAUCUAACGGAGCUAAUCCCCAGCUUCGCGACCGCGAAGGGCUGACUGCUCUUGACUGGGCCAGAAUGAAUGACUAUCGAGAGAUGACGGCCCUGCUGGAAGAAAGAAUCGGCCGGAUUACUAUAAGCUGA